CAAAAAUGGCGGCACCUCCCAUUUCCAAAGGGAUGGGCGGAUUCCCGCAGCUCUUUGUUUUGUCCGUGUUCGCCGUCAAACGGCGAAUAAAGUUGUGUGGCUGUUGAAUCCGCAGUGACUCCCGAAUAGGAAACAGCAAUGGAGGAUUUAGAUUAUAUUCCUGGUGAUCUUAGUCCAGAGGAGAAACUGGAAUUGGAGGAGAUUCGUAGGAGAAAGGGAGUCCUACUUCUGGAGAUCCAGAGACUCCGAGAUGAGUUGAGAGAGGCUAUGAUGGAAGUUGAAGGCCUGGAAAAUAACACAGAGGGCAGUAAAACUUUACAAAAAAGUCGCCAUGUAGCAAUGGGCCGCAAGAAGUUCAACAUGGACCCCAAAAAGGGUAUACAGUUCCUUGUAGAAAAUGAACUACUACAAAACACGGCUGAUGACAUUGCACAGUUCUUAUAUAAGGGAGAAGGCCUCAAUAAGACUGCAAUUGGAGAUUAUCUGGGUGAAAGGGAUGAACUGAACAUUAAGGUCCUACAUGCAUUUGUCAAUCUACAUGAGUUCACAGACCUCAAUCUUGUUCAGGCACUCAGGCAAUUCCUGUGGAGUUUCCGAUUGCCUGGUGAGGCUCAGAAAAUUGACCGCAUGAUGGAGGCCUUUGCACAGCGAUACUGCCACUGUAAUCCAGGGGUGUUCCAAAGUACAGAUACCUGUUAUGUUCUAUCGUUUGCCAUCAUCAUGCUAAAUACAAGUCUUCAUAAUCCCAAUGUGAGGGACAAGCCCGGUGUUGAGCGCUUCAUCUCCAUGAACAGGGGAAUCAAUGAAGGGGGUGACCUGCCAGAAGAACUUUUGAGGAAUCUGUACGACAGUAUCAAGAGUGAACCGUUUAAAAUCCCAGAAGAUGAUGGAAAUGACCUAACUCACACAUUCUUCAACCCUGAUCGUGAGGGCUGGUUGCUCAAGCUAGGGGGUCGAGUGAAGACAUGGAAACGCCGUUGGUUUAUCUUGACUGAUAACUGCUUGUACUACUUUGAAUAUACCACAGACAAAGAGCCGAGAGGAAUUAUUCCAUUGGAAAAUCUAAGCAUACGGGAAGUAGAAGAUCCUAGAAAGCCAAACUGCUUUGAGUUGUACAUCCCCAAUAACCGAGGUCAGUUGAUUAAAGCCUGCAAGACAGAGGCAGAUGGGCGAGUAGUGGAGGGCAAUCACAUGGUGUAUCGAAUUUCUGCUCCCACCCCAGAGGAAAAGGAUGAAUGGAUCAAGAGUAUAAAAUCUGCUGUUAGUGUCGACCCAUUCUAUGAAAUGCUGGCAGCAAGGAAGAAACGUAUCUCUUUGAAAAAGAAAGAGGAGCAGGCAUGAGGAUAACUGAUGAAUGGAGUAGCACCGUUUGCUUUUCCAACGGCUUGUAUGCCCCAAAUUCUUGGCCCUUCUGGUUACUUGGAUAUUGGACAUGGAAGCCUGAAGUCCUGUUGGGAUUACUUAUCGCUUCCCUUUGGGGUUUGACACUCCAGAACAGAACGCCAUUGGGACUGUGGUUUUAUGGUUUACUGCAGAUGGCAACCAGGAGGAUUUCUUUUUUUAGGUAACCUGCACAACAUGGCCACAGAAAUGAGCUUAGUGGACUUGGCAAUGAGUAACAUUGCCUCAUGUUGGGAACAGAAGCCUAAGGAAGUGCUUAUUUUCUUGAACGUGGCAGAGUCACUGUGUGCACUAGAAUGCUGCAGGUGAAUGAUUUCAGUGACCUAUGGAAAAAGUGUUAGGAUUAAGUGAUGAACUCUAAUUAAAACACAAAGCAGCUCUUUUAUAAGACUCAUCUUCUCCAAGGAAGGUGGUAGGAAGUGCUAGAUGAUGUUGUAGAGGCAGUUUUGCAUGUUUUUUUAAAUAUAUUUCUUUAUCUUUUUUUACAUAUGUG